GCUUACCCUAACUCUCUUGCACGUGUGCGAUGCCCUUCUUUGCUGCCUUUGCUGCCUUUGCUGCUUUUGUUGCUUUUGCUUCCUCUGCGCCUCUUCUGUCUGCUUCCCAGCUGUCUUUUCUGCUGCCUCUUUUGCUGUCUUUUCUGCUACCCACCAAUGCCCUUCUUCCCAGCCCUAUAAGAGUCCCCUCAGAAUCUGUUGUCCAAGCUGGCUGGUUUCUUUCUGCCUGUCCCAUCCAUUUGAUAUCGCAGUAUUCUCCUUGGUUAUCUGUUCUCUUCUCUUCCUUCUCUUCUUCUCUUUUCUUCUCUUCUUCUCUUCCUGCUGCUCUAUCUGUGUUAGAGUCUCGUCUUGUUCCUCUUCUAAAUGUUUCACACUCCUCCCGAAGAUCCUAAUCACAUAAAAUGGGCCCAGGAAGCAAAACUAAAGGAAUCCUAUGGAAUAGAUAAUAUCAUUGCCACCAGCAAUCAUACCGCCACUGUAUCCACUGCCACCUCUGCUUCUCAUACUGAUGCCUCUAAUAAUACCAGUACCAGUACCAGUACCACCACCAACACCACCAACAAAACCGCAAACACUACCGGUGCAAAUGCUAUUACAACCACAGGUCCUACCUCUAAUGAUAUAAUAAUUCCCUUAAGCUCCGCUUCUUCAUCCAAUCCAACCUCUUUCGAAAAUAAUCAAUACAAUCUAUCCAAUCUAUCAAUUGACCAUACUUUACCCAAAAACCUACAACUCCUAUAUGACGACUUCUUGAAAUCGUUGCAAGAACCAAAAUACUCUCAUCCUUUGAAUACCAAUGAAAUAUCCUUUCUAUUUCAAAACUACUACAUCCAGUUUAACAUCUUUCUUAAUUCCUUUUAUCUAAACAAAUCAAACAAUAGUAACUACUACAACAACUACAAUACAAAACUAAUCCUAAAUAAAAAAAAAAAUAUAGAACUACUAUCAAAAUCUGACUUGAAAUUGGUUUACCAAAAAAUUAACUACUACAUUGAACUAAACGAACUAAAAUUAUGCUCCCAUCUAUACAACAAACUAUUCAACAAAAAUAAAUCUGACCUAGCCUCCCAAUCUCUUUUAAACAAAAAACUAUACCUACUAUCCCUACUAAACAUAGACUUACAAUCUUUAGAUUUAAUCGUUUAUCAAAAAUUCAACAUAAAAACCCUCCUAAAUGACUUGAUUCCAAUUCAAUCUCAAUUCAACAACCUAAAUAAAGUAAAAUCUCCUCUAGAUAAACUAAACUAUCUAAUAAACGCUCACAAAAAAUUGACAAAUCUAAUCAAUACUACUCUCAACACCUCCACUUCCACCUCCACUUCCACCAACAAUGACCAAUCUUCUCUAUCCUCUUCUUCAUCGUCUUCCCUAAUAACAAUGGACAUCUUUCUACCCAUCCUACUCUUCACCACCAUAAACAAAAAAAUUGACAACCUUCUCCUAAAUUUUCUUUAUAUCAAAAGAUUUAGAUAUAACCAAUUUUGGGAUGAAAAUGGUGAAGCACUAUACGUAUUGACCAACAUCGAAGCAGCUCUACAUUUCCUAAUCAAUAUAACUUCUUCAGAGUUAAGCAUAUCCGACGAUCUCAUAAAAGAAAAAAUUACUAUCCACAACAAUAAAAUUAAAAACUCUUCUCAACUCCAACCCCAUGAUUCAUCUAAUCCCCAAUCCCAAAAUUCAUCCCCAGGAAAUACCAUUUACCAAUUUGAUCAAAUCAAAGAGUUUCUUUCAAAACCUUUGAAUAUCUCUUUAUCAAUAGACCAAGAUGAUAAAAACUCUCUAAUUUCAAAAAUCCCAAUUGAUAAUGUUAAUAUAACCGCUAAUACAAAUACCGCCACUAUCAUCAAUACUGCCACUGCCACUGCCAACAACAGCAAUAAUAAUAAUAAUAAUAAUAAUAAUAAUAAUAAUAAUAAUAACAAAAAAUCAAAAUCGAACUAUAGAAAGAAAUCAAGCUCCUUUUCUUUACUAUCAAGUAUAAAUGAAUCUAAAAACAACACUAAUAAUGAUAUUAAUAAUAAUAAUAUCAGCAUUAAUAAUUCCAAUAAUAAUACACACCUUAUUAAUCCACCUGUAAGAAGUUUUUCUUUACAAAUACCUUCCGAGUUAGCAUCAACUGCAGGCGUUUUAUCUAAUGUUUUGGAUAAUUCCCUUCGAAGUGUUUUGGGCAGACUAUCUUCAAAUUCAAAUUUAAAUUCAACACUAACACUGCUGACUUCAAAUUUAACUCAAAAUUUAACUCAAAAUUUGAAAAUCAUCGACCAGCCUUCAAUUGCUAGUAGCAUGGAUGAUACGUUAUCAAAUCCUUCUACAAAUUCAUCUGAUUUUGAUGGAGCUCAAUCUCAAGCAAGUAGUAAUAGCUCUAAAUCAAUUGACGAUAUUCAUAUUUCUCAGCCAUUCGUUAAUUUUUAUUCCAAUUCCAAUUCCAACGCUAAUUCCAACUCUAAUUCUAUUUCCAACCCUUCAUCAAAUCCUUUAAACAGGUUGAUGAGAUGGAAGGCGAUAUCUUCAAAUAGUUCUCUUCCUACUAUUUCUAGUAAUGAAAUCACUAAUGGUGAUCUUAAUUUCAAUAAGCCAAACUCUCCUAAUAGAAGUCGAUCUGCAUCUGUCCAAAGUCACUUGUCUUCUAUUACACCUAUCUUUGGCUCAUUGAAAAGAAAUUUUUCAAAUGGAAAUUUGGGAAUCCCAAAUUCCAAUCCGAAUUCUGGUGUCAAUUCAAAUGUUGAUAUGACAACGGUUAGCACAUCAACUUCAUCUACAACUUCAUCUACAACAGUUGUUAAUAACUAUAACUUUCCCAUGAAUCUUCCACCUCCUCCUACAAAUCAAAGACACAUUAAAUCACUUAGUAAUCCAGGAAUCUUAGAAGAACCAGAAAUUGAUCCCUUAAAUUAUCCAUUGAAGAAAAAUCCUAUUAGUAAUAACUUGUUAUCAAAAUCAAUUGGCAAACAUCGAAAUUCGGAAUUUGAAGAUUUAAAAUUAAGAGAGUUGAGAGAAAUUUUUGAAGAUUAUGUAAAAUUAGUCGAUUGGGUAAAGGAAAAUAAGGGUUUUGCAUCAUGAUAUUUUAUUCAUUUUUUUUUAAUUCAAAUUAUUGCACAAUUCAUCACAACUAGUUUAAAUUGGUACGUUUUUUUCCGUUUUUUACUCUUUUUUUUUCUCCAUUUUUUCCUAUUUUUUUUAAUUCUUUUAUCUCAUAUGUAUAAGGGUUAUUAGUUAUCAUUUUGUAUAGAGCUUGUUCAAUGGAUAUAUCGAGCAAAAAUUUUAUUUAUUCACUUUAUUAUGCUUUUAUUUUUCACAAAAAACUUUAUGGGUUUUUAUUUUCUUGACAAAAAAGUUGAUUUCUUUUCAAAUUUUAUUUUAUCUUAUCUCACCUAUUCAUUUCUACAUUUUUAC